GAGAUGGGAAGACUUGCUAACCAAGUCAAUCAACACACAGUUUCUCUCAAAAAGGGUUUUAUUACUUCUGUCAUACUCUACUCCAUUUAAAGGCAACGCCAAUACUAUUUCAAUUAAAGAAGCAGAAGAAGUUUACCUUUCAACCAUCGCACAGGAACUUCUCAUGCCUUACAUUGCAUCAACCAUCAGAGUUUGAUUAAUGGAAUUUUUCUCCUACAAGGGAAAGACGAAUAUAUCAUAGAAAGGAUCAAGGAUGAAGAACUCACUUGGGUUUCCUCCUAUGCCGAGACACAACAUAUCUGCAGCCCUUCAGAGGCUGAUCAGGAGCUUUGCUCAGCUGUUUGCUCUGGAGAGGGAGGACGAGGUGGAGAUGGAGAUUGGGCUCCCGACGGAUGUGCAGCAUGUAAGUCACAUUGGCAUGGAUGUUAAAGGGAUUGGCACAUUGAACAAUUGGGUUGGAGAUUCUGAGUUGCUGUCCCUCUCAGUCCCAGCUCUGACUGUUGAGGAGAACGACCGUGUGCUGGCCCAAACAUCUGAUGCAAUUGUCGGUAAUGGAUCACUUGGUAACUGGUCUUGAGGCAUCUGUAUAACUUUCAUGUUACAUAAUUGCAUCCAAGAAAUGUUUGGUCAAUAUUUGAGAUAUUCAUGUCCAUGUUCAUGAAAUGCAACAAUGGGGAAGUUUCAAUGCUUUCGUUUUUUUUUUCUAUUUAUGUUUUUGUUGAAAGACUAAACUUUUGGAGAAACUAUGGCUUGUCCAAAAGUUAUUUUACCAUUGAUAGUCUCAUUUUAUUUAGCCUUUUCACGA